AAACGGAUAAGCAAAGAUUAAUAAACCAUACACAAGCCAUGGCCGGUCACGCCACUGACGAAACAAAGGGCAAAGGCAAAGUCCGACAGCGGCGCGCCCACACGCGAAGCCGCACUGGCUGCUCUGAGUGCCGAAGCCGCAGGGUGCGCUGUGGCGAGCAGCGUCCCACAUGUGAGAACUGCGUGAAUAGUAAGAGGACCUGUGAAUAUCCGCCCGUCAAGAUACCGCUGAGGGAGAGACGGGCGCUGGAGAAGGCUGGGACGAUUCAGCCUUGGGAGCAUGUCCCCUGGGAGGCUCCGAGUUCUUCCAAGAGGCCUGAGGUGCCUAACACCCAGGCUCUGGUCCGUCAGCUUAUUUUGUCGGGCUCCGGAACGACGCUGGACUGCAUGGCCAUUGACAUGCCCCUCAAGUCACAUGAACUCUUCAAUUACUGUAGGUCUCAUCAUGCACAACCAACAUCAAUUACUAACAGGCCUUUUGUCUAUGGCGAAACCCUUGUCACAUCUGUCGCAAAGCAUAACAAAGAGUGGUAUGUCUAAAGCCCGUCCCACAACCAAUGCUGACAUUAUAGCAUGCCGUAUACCAUAUCAGACCCCGAAGCCCUCCGCAAUGCGAUUUUGAUGGCAGCUACUCAUUUUACAUUCAAGGUCGGCAGCCUCGAAGCAUUUGAGCAUACAUUCCUCUUCCAUCGCAUUGAGACCGUGCGAUUGGUGAAAAAAUGGCUUGCCAGUGGAGAUGUCAAGCUUUCAGCUGCCAUCACCAAACAGAUAGCUACCCUGGCAUAUACAGAGUUCUGUAGUGGUGAUAUGCAAAUGGCAGCGAAACAUUUAAAUGUCAUCUACGCUCUACCAUGCCAGACAGCAGAUCCGUCGAAUAGCAAUGGCAAGACCUGUGACCAAGAACUCUCUGAUCGCUAUUUUGUAUUAACCUCCACUUUCAUCCACGGCGUGCAGACCGUUCUUCAUGGCAUCCUCCGCGCUGAAGAGGCAACCGAAGAAAAGAACACCCUCUCAGUCUCUCAUCCCAUGCGCCUCAUGCACAAAUGGUACAAAUCAGAAGGACAGUACCUACACUGCCUCAAACUCAAAGCCAUACGCCUCUUCUCAACAUUCUUCAUACUACCUGACAUCGGCGCAAGGCUCUCUGACGUUUACAGAGAGUCAAUAGUGAAUAGUCUUCGUCAAGUCAACGACGAAUUCUACAACCUCACAGAAGCUCAAAAGAUACACGAUGACUUCUGGAGAACCGGUGCAGCUGCUCGAGUUUACGACGCAGUUCUUGAGUCGCACCAAACCUCAAUUACACCUACCAAUCAUGAACAUGAAGUGACUUCAGAAGCUGAGCAAAAGACUUCAUGGUGCGGAUUGGUCAUCGCAGCAGAGUUAUUCCUAGAACAAGUAGUUGUUCUCUGGCGCCCUUUCACAAAGGAGAUAUACCUCUGUAGCAUGAGGAUAUUCCAACGCGAUCUCACCUUUGCUCUUCAGAAGACAAAUACGGUAGAGAUUGCAGAACUGUUGUUCUGGGAGUCGCUUCUGGGAUUGAUGAGUCUUUAUUUUCAUGAGAAACUAGGGGAUAUGGAGCGAGAACCUGGCUUGAGGCCGUUUUUCGAGAGGAUUAUAAAGGAACAGAGUCGAGAUAUGAAGUUAGAGAAGUGGGAGGACGCAAGGAGGGUGUUGUUGAAUAUUGCAUGGCCCUUGGACUUUUCUGAGGAUGACUAUGUGAAAGGGAUAUGGGAGGUUGCAGUAGCUGACUAGUUGCUGAAGAAGAAUUAAUUAUCAUACCAAGUUGAACUUUUCUUUGAGUGGGACGGUGGUCGGUGAUACGGAUACAAAUUGUGCUGAAGCCGCUUUGCCAUAGCAUCGAGGUUAUCUACGGG